GUCUAAUCACCAAGGUAGGAGUUGGGGCAGCCUCGUGAACAAGUCCGGCAGAGUCAAUACCGGACUUGUUGGUGCCUCAAUUAUCGGGCAGAUACCAAGGCUCAAGAUCCCAAGAAUGCUCCCGAGGCCCACUUCUGCACACUUUUGCUGACCCGGUGUGCCUCUUAUUGGCUUAAUAUGCCGCCUGAAUGUGCAGGUGGACAAAGAGCAAAGAUUCCCAUGGACGCUUUGACGUGGAUGGAAUAUUUUCCUAUUCGAGCCAUUUGUCUAUACCUUCAGCCUGCCCACGGACCUUGAGGGCUGACUGCACCCCUUGCAAACUUGUUCAAAUACCUGUUUGGCUCGACUGCGCCUUGGUUUCUCUUCCUGCAACGCAGCCGAAGAGCGAAUAGACAUGGGUAAUAUUGCCAAUCCAGACUUCCCCGUGUCCGUGUCGUCGCUUCAUUUCCCCUCCACCGAGCUGCCAUCUGUGUCCCAGACGCUAGCCUCCUUGCGACGAUCCGCCCUUUCCGUGAACAACCGACUGCGGUCAAUUGACGCCGACGCGGCCUUUGUCCGCGAGGUCGCUGAUCACUAUGGUCUUCCUCUGGUUGCCAAUGAAAGGUGCGGCAGUUGGUACAUCCCGCCUGAGAUCAAGUCCGGGAGUGCAUACUUUAAGAGCACCGACGGUCACACUGGCCAGUGGGACUUUAGCUUUCGAAGACUAAACCUGCAGAUUCUCCCACUUGCCCGGGAGCAUGGAGGCUGUAUCAUAGUGGAUUCCACGCGCCGUGGCAAAUUGAUGCCCGAUGCCUUGUCGAAAACCAUUCCCAUCUGGUGUGCUGUCUUCAACAGAGCGCUCUUCCCUUCAGAGACUGCAUAUCAUUCCGUGGAAUUGCCGCCAAAUUAUCUAGGCCAAUCCGAAGAGUCACAGAUUGCAAAAAGGAUCGACGGCUUUGUCCAUACACUCAAGAGUCUUAAACUUGAUCUGGAUGAUCUGAGAAAACAGCUAGGGAAACCGAUUCGGGUUGCCUGGGCAAAUCGAACGUAUUUCCACCCAACUGACCUACGCAAAGACAAAGAUUUUAAUCUGUUUGUUCUUUGCUCGGCUUCAAAACGGGUUCAUGGUGCUGAGAUAUCCGAAGGUGGAUAUAUCCAGGGUGCGGGUGAUGACAGCGAGGCCUGGGCCCAUGGCUUAACACCACCCGUAUUUUGGCCUCACAAAUCUACACUCCUUGCACAAUCAGAAGAAGACCUGCCCGAGGUAAUCGGGAAGUUGAUGCGGGAACAUCGUAAGCAGACUUCUGACCAACAAGCGACGCUUGUUACGCCAUCUCGGAACCUUUAUAUUAGCCAAGCAGACCCAGGUUUGGCUGAGAAUGGCCUUUAUGAUCUUGUCAUCGAUUGCAAUGGCAACCCAGAGGCCAUUGAAGCCGCAGAAAGCAAAUCGAAACGCCUUAACCUAGGCUGUAUAUCCUCGAAACAAGGUGGCCGUGACCUACGAAACCAUUUGGACAAGGUUCGGGAUUUUGUGGCUUCUCAUUUGAACUCAAACCCGUCCCAGUCCUUGCUCGUUAUGUGCGAGUCCGGAAAAGAUCUCUCCGCUGGGGCCUUGCUCACAAUAAUAUGCUUAUUCUAUAGUGAUGCUGGUGAAUUUGUCGGGCCUCGAACAGAAACGAUAGGCAAACAAUUCAUCCGACAACGUCUUGCUUGGAUAGUGUCCUCAAAAAACGACGUGAAUCCCUCGCGCAGUACGUUGCAAUCGGUCAACGCAUUUCUCAUGCAACCACCGGACUAUUAAAAUUUUCAGACUUGCAUUACUACUACCAUAGAAUCUAGACGACACGAUCUACUCGUUCUCA